CAGCCGUCUGACCCAGGUGACCCGGUUGGUUGGACUUCCAUGCUAGUCCAGCUAACAGGCGAAUGGAGUAUGCUCGCUUGUGUUUGUCUUAACAUGUUAGUGAUGAACACAAUGCUGGUGUACUUCUGUUUCUCGCUGUUCCUGCCAAUGUCCCUCGCCAUUCGGACUUUAAAGGACGGACCCAUGAUCGACAAAGAUGGGAGGGAGUACAAGUCCCCCGUUGUUAUCGUUGAUAGUGAGGACGGAAGCGAAAUCCAAACCGAUGUGUUCUCGCCCCCUGUGCGUGUGACAUGCACGCCGACGUUAAUGAUCAUACAGGUCAAGGCUGACGUGUAUGGAUCGGUAGUGUCUCCCGAUGGGAUUUUCCUGGGUGGUGUUGAGUAUUCCGGCUUCAGACAAUGCCAGGCCCAACGUGCUGAUGACUCUGAGGUGGUCAUCAAGGCUGGUCUCCAGCACUGCGGCACCCAGCUGUCAGUAUCUGACGACUCGUUGAUCUACUCGAACCAGCUGACCUUCUCCCCUGCUCCCCAUCAUGGCAUCACAAGGCAGACCCAAAUGGUUGUUCCUGUGUCCUGUCACUACAAAAAGACACACAUUGUGAGCAGUCAAGCUCGCCUGCCACUUCAGUUUGUUGCUGCGUCUCCAAAGACCUCGCCCUUCUCCCUGAGGCUGAUGUCCGAAAACUGGACAAGACUGAGGCUGUCCAAUGUCUUCUAUCUUGGAGAUGUGCUCAACCUGGAAGCGUCCUAUACCAAUUAUGGCCCGGAACAGAGACGGCUCUUCAUUGACAGCUGUGUGGCAACUCUGAGCCCAGAGGCAGCAUCAGUGCCACGAUACUUCCUCAUUGAAAACAACGGGUGUCUCGCGGACUCAAAACAGCGUGGAUCAAGAGCACGCUUCCUGUCCAGAGUGAGGCCGGACCUUCUCCAGCUGCAGCUGGACGCUUUCCUGUUUAACGGGGAUGAAAGAAACACACUCUUUCUAACAUGCCGGCUAAAAGCCACCUCUGAAAUGCGGAGGAGCAACACAGCUCACAAGGCCUGUACUUAUAUGCAUUCAAGAUGGGAAAACAUAGAUGGGAGCCCUGAUGUGUGUCGUUGCUGUGACACCACCUGCACACAAUACUCCUACAAACAUCUGAAACCUCCUGGUGCCAAGAUGUGUGAUGUUAUUGUUCUAGGCCCUCUUGUGAUUCUGCCCAAAAACGUCGGCAAGCAACAAGAAUGUGUUGUUGCCCUCCACUCGCAUCGGGGCCAAGCAGUGCCGCAACCAACCAACUUCAGCAGAUGGGGCUACAGCUGCAUGACUGAAGUGGAGGAGUCAUUGGCCUUGCAUGGCAUGCAGGUGUCAUAUGUGAAGUUUUGCAGUUGGAUAAAUUUGCACAAAUAUAGUGUAAUAAACUGUUAUUCAAUUGUAGUCAUUCGUGCAUUUGUCAUGGCUCUGUUUUCUUAGUCGUUGCCAGAACAU